AUGUAUUGGACGUUUAAAGAAAAAAAAUUGAUUAUCUUCUUAGGCGCCAAACAUUUUUCCAAUAUAGUUUCUGAUAACAAUGGUAUAGAAGCUGCAUAUCUUUGUAGAGAUCUUCUCAUAAACAUUUCUUCACUCGUUAUUUUCGAUAGAGGAACUGACCCUAUGAAUGAGAUGAUGAGUUUUCUUAAGUUUGUUGCGCUUAUCAAGACGCCAAGUAAGAUUUUACUUACUGGGACUCUAUAUCAAAACAGCAUGAAGGAGGUUUUUAAUAUUCUUGAUGUUGCCUUUCCUGAGUGUCUGAAGCACAACAAAGCUGGGGAAAAAAUCAGAAGAAUCUUGAACGUUGAUUCCAACACUGAUGGACUUCCAAUAGAUUUGAAGAUGCCCUUGUUUGAUAAACUGGAAGAUGCUUUACUUCGUCAAGAUUGGGAUCACGGCGACAAGAUUGGUUACUUAACUGAACUGAAAAUGUUGACAAACAAGGUUAUCUACAAUCACCAAGGACAGUUUCUUCUUGAAGUUCCGCGAUUCAUGAACUUUACGGUGGUCUUAAAACCGACGUCAAGCCAAAAGUCAGCAUGGGAUAUUGAAAAAAACUCGAAAGGGAAGGGUUGCAAAACAUACUCCACCCUGAGUGGAAUCACGCUUCACCCGGUGCUAUGUACCUUCUCGGACCGGGUAAAAGGUCUUCCUGCCCCAAAUGAGGAUGAGAUAGAUGAGAUUGUCAAAAGUAUUGACGUAGCAGAUGGCGUUAAAACAAAAUUCUUCACGGGUCUAGUUAAGUUAUGCGAUUAUACAAAUUAUGAGAAGAUUCUUGUAGUAAGCCAAUAUGUCAUCCCACUGAUAUUCCUCCAAAGACUCGUGGCUCAGAUUAAUGGUUGGAAAGACAGCAAAGAAACUUUCAUGAUUAAAGGUGAUACCAGCCUUUCUGCUCGACAAGUCUCAGUUCAUCAGUUCAACAACUCACAUGAUGCCAAAAUCUUCUUUGCAUCGAUCAAAGCGUGUAAUGAGCAUAUCAAUCUCACGGGUGCAACAAGGGUUUAA